GGCCGAGCCGCCAGGAUGUGGUUCUUGUGGCUGCUGCUGUGGUUGGCCGAGGGGCUCCUGGGACCCCGGGCCUGCUACGCCACCGACGUCUACGCGAGCUCCUUAGAGAAAAUUCACUUUAAGUCGUGGAUGGCGCAGCACCAAAAGAAAUACAGCUCAGAGGAGCACCAGCACAGGCUGCAGACCUUUGUCGGCAACUGGAGGAGGAUAAGGGCCCACAACGCUGGGAACCACACGUUUAAAAUGGGGCUGAACCAGUUUUCAGACCUGAGCUUUGAGGAAAUAAAAAGCAAGUACCUUUGGUCGGAGCCUCAGAACUGCUCUGCCACCAGAGGUAACUACCUUCGGGGGAGCGGUCCCUACCCGCCCUUCGUGGACUGGAGGAAGAAAGGAAAGUUCGUGUCGCCAGUGAAAAAUCAGGGCGGCUGCGGCAGCUGCUGGACCUUCUCCACCACGGGGGCCCUGGAGUCCGCCAUCGCCAUCCGGACUGGGAAGCUGCUGUCUCUGGCCGAGCAGCAGCUGGUGGACUGUGCCCAGGACUUCAACAAUCAUGGCUGCCAAGGGGGCCUCCCCAGCCAGGCCUUCGAGUACAUCCGCUACAACAAGGGCAUCAUGGGGGAAGACAGCUACCCCUACAAGGGCCAGGACAGUGACUGCAAGUUCCAGCCCAGCAAGGCCAUCGCUUUCGUGAAGGACGUGGCCAACAUCACCAUCAAUGACGAGGAGGCCAUGGUGGAAGCUGUGGCCCUGUACAACCCCGUGAGCUUCGCCUUCGAGGUCACCAGCGACUUCAUGAUGUACAGGAAAGGCAUCUACUCCAGCACUUCCUGUCAUAAAACUCCGGAUAAAGUAAACCACGCGGUCCUGGCUGUCGGGUACGGAGAGCAAAACGGGAUACCCUACUGGAUCGUGAAGAACUCUUGGGGUCCCCAGUGGGGGAUGAACGGGUACUUCCUCAUCGAACGCGGAAAGAACAUGUGCGGCCUGGCAGCCUGCGCCUCCUACCCCAUCCCCCUGGUGUGAGCAGCCACCGGCCGGCGCGGGGC